UGUCUAGCAAUGACGUUUUUAAUAUUGAUAGAUAUUAUUUGAAUUGUUUAGAAAACAUGUGUCUGUUUUUGUUUCUUUUUCUUGAACUAACAGUAAUUUUUGGUGAAUUGGAAGGUUUGUGCCCAUCACAAUGUACUUGCAUUUUUCAUGGAAGAAGUGAUGGCACUGGAACAAGGUCUGUUCUAUGCAAUGAUCCCGACAUGUUUGAUGUCCCUGUCAAUGUUCCUCUUGAUACUGUGAAGCUACGAAUUGAAAAGACAGUGAUCCGAAGAAUUCCAACUGAAGCCUUCUAUUACUUGGUGGACCUAAGGUACCUUUGGGUGACAUAUAACAGUAUUUCUAGUAUUGACUCAAGCAGCUUUUAUAAUUUGAAGCAACUACAUGAAUUACGUUUGGAUGGAAACGUGAUCUCGGUUUUCCCUUGGGAGUCUUUACUGGAGAUGCCCCGACUACGUACCUUAGACCUGCAUAACAAUAAGAUAGUCAGCAUUCCUGCUGAAGCUGCACGCUACCUGAGAAAUAUCACCUAUCUAGAUAUUUCUAGUAACAAACUCACUACUUUGCCUUCUGAUGUCUUGGAUAUAUGGCCUGCUUUCUCUGAAAAAACAGCCAACGGUGUGGAUCCUAUAUCUCAGAGAAUUAUAUUGGGAUUGCAAGAUAACACAUGGUUCUGUGAUUGCCGCAUAUCAAAGUUGAUUGAACUUUCAAAACUCGUGGAUCCCCAUGUGGUUUUUCUGGACUCCCUAGUGGUUUGCUAUGGACCUGAGUCUCUAGCAGGCAUUUUGUUCCAAAGAGCAGAGUUGGAGCAAUGUCUGAAACCUUCUGUGAUGACAUCAGCCACAAAAAUUUCUUCGCCACUGGGGAGCAAUGUGUUACUGAGAUGUGAUGCAACAGGCUCUCCAACCCCUCAAUUAUCAUGGAGUAGAACUAACAGCACAUCCACUAAUUACACAGUUAUUCAGGAAUCUCCAUCAGAUGGUGUGAGAUGGUCAAUUCUAAGUAUGAAUGGCAUUUCCUACAAGGAUGCUGGAGAAUACCGAUGCAAGGCUAAAAAUUUGGCAGGUAUAGCAGAAGCAUCAAUAACUGUCAUAGUGGUUGGUGUUGUCACAACAACAGGAUCUCCACAACGUUCAUUUUGGAAAGUAGGAGCAGAUCAGAUUAGCAAUAUGCAAACAGCAAAGGAGGAAAUUAUCACAACAACAGCUGCAGACUGGUUUCCAGUUCAGACAAUUACAUCUUCAUCAGUAGCCCCAAAAACAACAUCAGCAGCACUACCACCAACAAUAGCUCCUACAAGUAUUACCUCUACUACUCCGAAGAGCCCAGAGACAAAACAGCCAAAGUUACCGGUAUCUGUCAAGAAAAUUGGGACAUCUGCCACACAACACAGUUCUGUAGUACGGAACCUGAAAGUGUCCGUUGAGUCAGAGGAUCGGGUCACUCUGACCUGGAAGACUCUCAACACAACAAACAGUUCGACCUUGACUGUGCUGUAUUCAAAAUAUGGUGAUGAAGAGAUGCUGAGGUUGAGCACAGACCCCAGGAAAAAUAAAGUAACAAUUGAUGGGUUACAGCCCAACACAAAAUACAUGGCGUGUGUUUGUCCGAAAUCAACAGCACCCAGAAAAGACCAAUGCAUUGUGUUCUCUACAGACUCUCUUCUCACCACUGAAAAUGGUUCCCAAAUAUCAAUCCUAGUAAUAGCCAGCAGUGUUGGCUGUGUUAUUAUCUUGCCGGUCAUCUUUGUUUUACUUUACAAAGUCAUAAAACUGCAGUGCAAGCCACAGUCCCCUGGAGAAGAGGACCUCUUAAAAGAGACAUACAUAAAAUUUGAAACCUUGUCCUUGAGACCAUGUUCCAUCAAUGCUGGAGGAGAGUUAUGGACUCGAAGAGACACAACAGAGUCAGAGAGACUUCUUCUAUGCUCAAGGUCAAGUAUGGACUCUCAAGUGACUUGCAAAAGUGAAGGAUCAAGGCCAGAAUACUACUGCUAGAACCUGCAUGUAUUAAACACAGAGCUAAACAUUAACAUUUUUUAUAUUUUUUCAAAAAUGCAGUUGGUAUUUAAAUCACACUAAAAUAGACUUUCUCUGUGCUUUAUUCUCUGUUAUUCUCUGUUAUUCAUGUCCAAAUGUUUUUGUUUUUCUGUUCUUGAUAAUAAUUGAAACUUUUUUCCAAUAAAGAAAUAUUUUUAUUAGCUAA